AGCGAGCGCGCCACGUGGCGGGGAGACGCGCCGGGCACGGCGACGCUGCAAGGCGUCGGGGCGGCGCAGGUCCGAGCGCCUGGUAGGGUAGGUUUCAGAGGGAGCGGAGUGGCGUGGGGCCGGUGGCUGGGUUGGUGGUGGAGGCAGGGCACCGCAGCGUGGCCCAGAGCCUCCCUCAGCAGGCGGGCGCAGCAUGUUACCCUGGCCGCCCGGCGCGGGCACGGAGGCAGCGCAGGAGCAGCGAAGCAGUGACCAGGCAGAGGCCUGCAGCUCCAGCGAGGAAGGCGGGAGGGAACCCGGAAACCCCGCACAGGACAGGCUGCAGCCCGUGCCCCUCGGGCCUUCUGAGCCCCGGAGGCAACAGCUGCUACCCUGCUACCCCGCUGGCCUGACUCCUGAGCCUUCCCCAGGAACCCCAGUCCCGCUUUCUCCCCAGGUGCCUUCCUCAGGGAUGCCUCUGUUCUCACCCUGGGACCCCAACUACGGUGCUAAAGUGAGACCUCAGCAGGUGUGGACACCCGGCUGCGGGUCAGGUGUGUCCUUCUCAGGCCGGACACUGUGUCAUCCCUCCUUCUGGCCCAUGUACGAGACCUGGGGCAGGGGCCACAGGUACCAGGCCCCCAUCCUAGGGCAUCACAACGGACAGCAGGCACCCAGGGAUGCAGAGUUCCCAGUGAUGUGUCCUGAAGAUGUCUUUUUCUUGGACCCUCUGCUCCCCGCUGGGCAGCGAGUUCCCCUGUACCUGUCUGAGGUCCCUCAGCAGGCGAUGAAGCUGCAGCUCCCACCUCCCAUCAUGUCCCCCUCAGUUCACCCCUCCCAGCCCAGGGGCUACUGUACGACCCAGCUCAGUGGGCGAGAGCUGAUCGCCAUCACCGGCCUGCUGCAGAUGAGCCAGGGAGAGCCCAGACCCGGCUCCUCAGCAGCUCCUCCAGGUCCUGCUGACCCCAUGGAGCCCAUCUCUGACCACCAGAGCUCUUCGGGAAGCACUGAUCCAUCUACCUAGGACCUCAGACACCCACUGUGCAUAGCACCCCUGGGGUAGAGUGGCCCCCCUUUCUGUUGAUAAUAAAACCUAUUUUGCAAAAAGA